AUGUGGAUCGUCAAUUGGUUUUACGAUGUUCUUUCCUCCCUUGGCCUGUUGAACAAGCACGCCAAGCUACUGUUCCUCGGUCUUGACAAUGCCGGAAAGACGACGUUGCUGCAUAUGUUGAAGAACGACCGUGUUGCCAUCCUGCAGCCUACUCUUCACCCCACCUCUGAGGAGCUUGCCAUAGGCAAUGUCAGAUUUACCACAUUUGACUUGGGUGGUCACCAACAGGCCCGCCGCAUCUGGCGAGACUAUUACCCCGAGGUCAAUGGCGUCGUCUUCCUGGUAGACGCUAAGGAUCACGAAAGGUUCGCCGAGACGAAAGCUGAGCUCGACGCUCUCCUUGCUCUUGAGGAAUUGUCCAAAGUUCCCUUUGUCAUUCUUGGAAACAAGAUUGACCACCCCGACGCCGUGUCGGAGGAGACACUCCGACAUGAACUGGGCUUGUAUCAGACCACCGGGAAGGGAAAGGUCCCUCUGGAUGGCGGCGUCCGACCGAUUGAGGUUUUCAUGUGCUCUGUGGUUAUGCGACAGGGAUAUGGCGAGGGGAUAAAGUGGCUCGCGCAAUAUGUGUAA